AUUUUUUAUAACCAAAUCUCGUGACAAACAAAUUACAACACACAUUGACAUUUUUCAAGUGCAUGUUAUUAGUAUUAAAAAAAAAAAAAUCUUCUCAAAGGGAAAAACAUUAAAUUUGUUUAAAAAAAAACAAAAAUGUUUUUUUUAUUUCUCAUUCGUUUAUUUUGACAGUUCCAUAAAGUACAAAAAGAUAAAAAGGGCCAAAAAAAUUUCGAUUAAUUAGUAUUUAAAAAGACAAGCAAAAAUGAAGUUUGCAGAACAUCUUUCUGCUCAUAUAACUCCUGAAUGGCGAAAGCAGUACAUCAGCUAUGAGGAAAUGAAAGCAAUGCUUUACAGGGUAGUGGAAGAAGCACCUUCUUCAGAAACAACAGAACCGGAAGUGAUAUCCAGACAUUUUGCAACAUUCGAUGAAACAUUUUUCACGUUUUGUGAUCAGGAGUUAAAAAAAAUAAACACCUUUUACUCUGAGAAGUUGGCGGAGGCGACACGAAAAUAUGCAGCGUUACAGAGCGAAUUAAAAAGUGCAUUGGAUGCACAUCAAGGUGGUGGAAAAAAUAAAGGAAAAACCAAUCAGAAACCCCAUUUGACAACAAGAAAAAUACGAGAAUUAAAACUUGCCUUCUCUGAAUUUUAUCUAUCUCUCAUUCUAUUGCAAAAUUAUCAAAAUCUAAAUUACACUGGAUUUCGAAAAAUCCUCAAAAAACAUGACAAGCUUCUAUCUGUGGACACUGGAUCGAAAUGGAGGGAGGAAUGCGUUGAAGUUGCACAUUUUCACACAUCAAAAGAUAUUGAUAAAUUAAUUCAAGAUACAGAAACAUCGGUAACAAAUGGACUUGAGGGUGGCGAUCGUCAACGAGCUAUGAAAAGACUUCGUGUACCACCACUUGGCGAACAUCAAAGUCCAUGGACCACAUUUAAAGUUGGAUUAUUCUCCGGCAGUUUUAUUGUUCUUUUUGUCACCGUUAUUCUAUCAGCAAUUUUUCACGAUGGUGGGGAAAAUUUGAAAGUUGCUUUUCUCUUGUAUCGUGGACCAUUACUUAUUGUUCAAUUUUUAUUUUUAAUUGGAAUAAAUGUUUAUGGUUGGAGAUCGUCAGGUGUAAAUCAUGUAUUAAUAUUUGAAUUGGAUCCAAGAAAUCAUCUCUCUGAACAACAUCUCAUGGAAUUGGCUGCUGUUUUAGGUGUUGUUUGGGCAUUAAGUAUAUUAAGUUUUUUGUACAGUGCAAGUUUAAGUAUUCCACCUUAUGUCAAUCCACUUGCACUUGUUAUAAUAAUGGUUGGAUUUCUCAUUAAUCCAUUGAGAAUGUUUCGACACGAGGCACGAUUUUGGCUAAUGCGAAUUAUGUGGCGAGUAUUAAUGGCACCUUUGGUAUUUGUAAAUUUUGCCGAUUUCUGGUUGGCCGAUCAACUUAAUAGUCUUGUCACAGCAUUUUUGGACUUUCAAUUUUUGCUCUGCUUUUAUAUAACUAAUGGAAAUAAUUGGCUCGAAGCUGGCCGAACAGAUCAAUGUACAUCUGGCUCUCUCAUUAUUAGACCAUUGGUCAAUUGUUUACCCGCAUGGUUUCGUUUUGCCCAAUGUAUAAGACGUUAUCGUGACUCGAAAGAAGCAUUUCCCCAUCUUUGGAAUGCUGGAAAAUAUUCGACAACAUUUCUUGUUGUCAUUGCAACGUCACUACGUUUUUAUCAUAAAGUUGAUAAUGAAAAUCAAUGGGAAAGUCCGUGGUUUUGGUUUUGGCUUGGAAGUUGUCUUUUUAAUUCCAUUUAUUCAUUAACGUGGGACUUAAAAAUGGAUUGGGGCCUUCUCGACAGUAAUGCUGGUGAAAAUAAAUUUCUACGAGAGGAAGUUGUUUAUUCAUCUUAUGGCUUUUAUUAUUUUGCCAUGAUAGAAGAUAGCAUAAUUCGAUUUUCAUGGGUUGCAACAUUCAUUCUUCACGAUUAUUUUUCCGUUUCAAAUGAUUUAUUAAUGUCAAUAGUCUCGACACUUGAAGUCUUCAGGCGUUUUAUUUGGAAUUUUUUCCGAUUGGAGAACGAGCAUUUGAACAAUUGCGGUAAGUUUCGUGCUGUACGUGAUAUUUCAAUAGCGCCAAUAGAAAGUUCCGAUCAAACGCAAAUAUUGCGCAUGAUGGAUGAGGAAAAUGGUGUUAUUAAUCGAGGUAAACGUAAAAAUAUCGGUAACAAAAAAACCAAUCAAAAAGAAGACAAACGAUUAUUACUUAAAGACGAAAAUAUUGACAUGAAUGCAUCGACUGUGAGUUGAGAGAACAAAAAAAAAAAAUCACAAAUUAUUAUUGUUAAUAUAUAUUAAGCACUAGUUAAACAAAUUUUUUUUACCACUUGCCUUAUUGUUCUUUUUUUUUGUCCGCUCAACUAUCACAGUUUAUUUUUUAAUUAGGGGGAAAAAAAAUUCAAAAAAAAAAUAUAUAUAUAUUACAAGUGCCUUUUGUAGCGUUUACUUGUUGAAAUUACUAUUUUUUAUUAUUGCUCGUUGCAUUUUGUUAUGUAAAAGAGAGAAUAAAUGUGAGAAAGAAAGAAAGAAAGAGAGUGAGAAAAUUGUAAAAAUUCGUGUUUGUUAAAUAAUUUUUGGCCAAAGGAAGAAAAAAGAGAAUUUAACAAAAUUUGUUCUUUUAUUUUCAAUUUUUACUAUUCGAUAAUUUAUUAUUUUAAACGAAUUAUUAAUAAAGUAUGAAAAUUAAAA